CAGGACAUGUUCUCCAAAAUGGCCACGUACCUGACGGGCGAGCUCCCAGCUACCAGUGAAGACUAUAAACUUCUGGAAAAUAUGAACAAACUGACUAGCUUGAAGUAUCUAGAAAUGAAAGAUAUUGCAGUAAACAUAAGUAGAAACCUAAAGGACUUAAACCAGAAAUAUGCAGCACUUCAGCCUUAUCUGGAUCAGAUCACUCUAAUUGAGGAGCAAGUAGCAGCUCUUGAGCAGGCAGCUUACAAAUUGGAUGCAUAUUCAAAGAAACUAGAAGCAAAGUACAAGAAGUUAGAGAGGCGAUGA